ACAUCCAUCCCAAGUCAUGGCUUCCUCCUCUCGUCACCUAAAGCAUGACGUGUUCCUCAGUUUCAGUGGUGAAGACACUCGCAACAACUUCACCAGUUACCUAUGCCAAUCUCUGAGACGUAAAGGUGUCGGAGCUUACAUGGAUGAAAACCAGCUGAAAACGGGGCAUAAUUUGUCCCCAGCACUGUUGAAAGCGAUCCAAGAAUCGAAGAUCUCGUUAAUCAUUUUCUCAAAAAGCUACGCUUCUUCUUCAUGGUGCUUGGAAGAGCUUUUCAAGAUCAUGGAACUGAAGCGGCUCGACCAGCAAGUAGUAGUGCCUAUCUUCUACCAUGUUAACCCCUCCGAUGUGCGGAAACGUACUGGGGGUUUCGAGGAAGCUUUUGCUAAUCAUCAAAAAUCUUGGGCGCACCAAUUGAAAGGGUGGGAAGAUUCUUUUUCUGAAGCUGGGUAUAUAAAAGGGUGGCACAUAGCGGGUGAUAAAUCAGACAGAUCAGAAGCCGAGUACGUGAUGAAAAUUGUGGAAGAUAUUGUGAAGAAGUUGGAUAGCAUGUCUGUAAAUGAUACUAAAGGAUUUGUUGGAGUAGAUCAUCACAAAGAGCAAAUUAAAGAUUUAUUACGUGUUAAUGAGAAAGACAUCCCAAUGAUAGGAAUAGGAAUUUGGGGUAUGGGUGGUAUAGGCAAGACAACUCUUGCUCAAGCUGUUUUUGAUGAAGUCUGUGGUGAAUUCGAUAGUUGCUGCUUCCUUGCAAAUGUUAGAGAGAAGUCGGAAAGACGUGACGGAAUUACUUCCCUCCGAGAUAAACUUCUUUCUGAAAUGUUAGAAGAAGAAACCCUUGGUUCCGGAACUCCUAGAACAGGAUCCAAAUUCCGCAAUGAUAGACUCCGUCGAAAAAGGGUACUUGUUGUCCUUGAUGAUGUUAAUGAUCUGGACCAGCUAGAAAUAUUAGUAGGUGGUAAUGGUAUAGAUCACUUCGGUUUUGGAAGUAGAGUUAUAAUAACAUCUAGAGAUCAACAAGUACUUAAGAAUGGAUCAGUUGACAAAAUCUACAAGGUUGAGGGGUUGAACUAUCUAAACUCGCUACAUCUUUUUUCUUUGUAUGCCUUCAAGAAAACCCAUCCUCUUUAUGAUUUUGCGGAUCUGUCAAAUAGAGUUAUAGAAUAUGCUAAAGGGGUUCCAAUAGCUCUUAAAGUCUUGGGUUCUACACUUUAUAAGAAAACUGAAGAACAAUGGGAAAGCGCAUUGGAUAAGUUAAAGGACCAUCCCAACCCAAAAAUCUAUAAUCUGUUGAAGAUUAGUUUUGAUGGAUUGGAUGACAUAGAGAGGGACAUUUUUCUUGAUAUUGCAUGUUUUUUUAAAGGGGAAAAGACAGAGGUUGUUGCAAAAAUAUUAAACAGUUGUUAUAAAGGCGCUCAUUUUGGAAUAAGCAACCUAGUUGAUAAGUGCCUCAUUGAUAUUGUACAAGAUUUGGAUAAUACUCUUUGGAUGCAUGAUUUGCUACAAGAAAUGGGUUGGAACAUUGUCCGCCAAGAAUCCAAGGAUCCUGGAGAACGCAGUCGGCUAUGGAUCCCUAAAGAUGUGUCUCGAGUGUUAAAACAUGAUGCGGGAACUAAAUCUGUUGAAGGGAUAUUCCUGGACAUGCAUGAAAUUGAUGGAAUACAAUUACAUCAAGAUGUUUUCCAAAAAAUGCAUAAUCUUAGGUUCAUUAAAUUUUAUUAUUCUCAGUUUUCUGGGAAGGAAGGUUGCUCACUGCUUUCACAGCAGGAUCUUAACUCUCUUCCAGGUGAGCUCAGUUAUCUUCAUUGGGAGCAUUGCCCGUUGAAAUCUUUGCCGCCAAAUUUCACUCCAGGGAAGCUUGUGGAAUUAAGACUACCAGACAGUGACUUAGAACAACUUUGGGAUAAAGAUCAGAAUCUUGCUAAUUUAAGAGUGAUUGAUCUCCGGAAUUGCAAGAAUUUAACUAAGAUCCCAGAUCUGUCAAGAGCCUUAAACAUUGAAGAAUUGGACUUUUGUGGGUGCAUAAACUUGACUGAGCUUCCCUGUAUGGUUCAUAUGAAAUUUCUUGAAAAUCUGAGUCUUAAAGACUGUCCAGUCACAAAGUUUCCAGAAAUUCCGAGAACCAUAAAAACAUUAAACUUGAGUGGGACUCAGAUAGAAGAAGUGCCUUCAUCAAUCAAGUGUUUCAAUCGACUUUCUUCUUUGCAUGUAUGCCGUACACGAAUUCACAAUCUUCCCGAAAGUGUUGUUAAGAUGGAUUCCCUUGAGAUUAUCUGCCUGUCUCACUGCCCAAACAUCAUCCAUUUUCCGAGUGUUUCAGAGAACACAAAAAAAUUAAUUUUGGCAUUUACUCAGAUUGAAGAAGUGCCUGCGUCGAUUGGGUGUCUCAGUAAACUUGCUCUUUUAGAUAUGAGUGGCACAAAGAUUGGUAAUCUUCCAAGCACUAUUGGCAGCAUGGCUUCUCUAAAAGCAAUCCAUAUCUGCCAUUGCUUGAACAUCACCCAGUUUCCAAAUGUUCCCAAGACUAUAGAAAUUUUAUUAAUGGACAACACUCCAAUAGAGGAAAUACCCUCGUCGAUUGCUUUGCUUAGAGGCCUUUCUAAGUUAAGUAUGAGUGACUGUACUAGGAUUAAAAGCCUCCCAACCAGUAUUUGCCAGUUGAAAUCUCUUCGAGAACUUUGUCUCCAAGGUUGUUCAAACUUGGAGAAUUUCCCAGAAAUCCUGGAGACUAUGCAAUGUCUAAUUCAGCUUGCAUUUUUCAAGAGAGUAAUUAUAAAUGAUUCACCCAUCUUGAAUGAGCUCAUAAUUCGUGUGCAUUACAGAAGAAACUUGAGUGUCCUCAGUGUCAUCCUUAGCAAUAGCUUUCUCAAGUUUCACACACUGUCGACUCUAGACUUGAGUGUCCUCAGUGUCAUCCUUAGCAAUAGCUUUCUCAAGUUUCACACACUGUUGACUCUAGACUUGAGUGGGUCAAAUAUAGUGAAAAUUCCCAUGAGCAUCCGGCAACUUCCUAAUCUCAUUUCUCUUUACUUGAAGUGUUGCAAGAACCUUAUUUUAUUGCCAGAGCUCCCACCAUGUCUACAAAACCUAAAUGCACAUGACUGCACAUCAUUAGAGCUUGUGUUGAGUGGAAGACAUUUUUCGGAGAAUUCUCGCCUGGUCCACAUGCUAUUCAGUAAUUGCUUCAAUUUGGAUCAAGACGUAAUCAACAAUAUCGUUGCUAAUGCACAAAUUAGACUUCAAUGCAUGGUAGAGGAAUGGGUGAAAGAAUGGUCGUCGUCGGGACUUUAUGAAAUUAUACCUGAUAAAAUUCUCGAUAGAGUUGUUGCCUGUAGUGAAAUUUCAGAAAGGUUCAAGUAUCAAUGCAUGGAUUCUUCGAUAACAAUCAAGCUCUGUCCAGAUUGGAAGACUGAUAGAUUCCUGUGUUUUGUUCCGUCUGUUGUGGUUGAUUUCGAUAACAAUCAGAAAGACAUUGUUGUUCAAAUUGUCUGCGAAAUUCAGUUGAAAACCAAAUGUCAUGAUUGUCAUAGUUUCGUAAGUAGGUGGACUCCGCCUUUGUAUUAUGAUGAGCCCAUAUUCUUUGAGUCGAAUAACAUGAUCAUUUGGUUUGAUAAGAAUAUGUUUCAAAAAGAUCAGCAUUACAAGGAGGCCUCUUUUGAGUUCUACAUCGCAGCUAAAGAUGAUGGGAAGCGUGUAGAUCAUAUCAAGGUGGAGAAAUGCGGUGUACAUGUAUUUUAUGUUGAUGCGAAGUGUUCUAUUGACUGCAAUGUCAGAUCCAACAAAAAAUCCAGCUCUGGUGAAGAGGAAGGGAAGCAAGCCCUUAGGCUUUUGGAAUCAAGCUAUGGAGUUUCUGCGUAUCUGCCAUGCACUGAAGAUGAUGAGACCGGUUGCACUCCUAACAUAAUGCAGUUCCGGCCAAACUCUCCAACUGAUCUGAAUUGGCUCUCAACAAAAAGAAGUUUUAACAAUCUAGAGUUUGGUGGAUCAUCACACCAAGAAGAUAUCAAUUUUAACAAUGAUCAUGAUAACCUUACUCUCCGGAGAAGUUUCAGAAGCUAUCAAAGAUUCAACUUUGAUGAUGACGAUGAACCGGAGAGCAAAAAAGAUUGAAGGGUUUUCAUUUCUUUUGACUGGAUUUCUGGUUUAUGCAUCGAAUGAACGAGACCAAGGUAAACCUUCCAUUGAUCCUGCAACAUAAUAUCUGUUGUGAUGCAAUCGAGGUAGAGAAUUGACAUCCCCGGCUUCAGGCUGCUUUUGCCGGUAAUUUCAGAUCUUCAAGGUAUGAUAUUUGACUUCCAUAUCUUGUUUGGCAUUGCUUAGCAAUAUCUUGUACACCAAAAAAAAAGCCAAACCUUGAGCCUGCAAGUGCAUACC